AUGCCAGAAAACAAGGGAAGCCCAUCUCAAAACGCACGAGAUGCGAGCCAGAGUGAGGGGAACGAGACCACCCUGGGCAUUCCGGACCACCUUGCCGACUAUGACCUGAACCGGCCCAUUCAACCGAUCAGAGGGAUGAGACAGGGCCUCCCCAACUACGGCGAUCCUCACUUUGCGCUCUUCUUGAGAAAAGUGUUUAUCAAAGCUCUUGGAUACAGUGAAGAUGCACUCUCGCGACCCAUCAUCGGCAUCGUUAACACAUACUCCGCGUUCAACCCCUGCCAUGCAAACGUGCCUCAGCUCAUCGAGGCGGCGAAGAGAGGUGUUCAGUUGAGCGGGGGGCUGGCUAUGGAGUUUCCUACCAUCUCCAUCCAUGAGAGCUUCUCGACGCCAACGAGCAUGUUUCUGAGGAACCUGAUGAGUAUGGACACCGAGGAGAUGAUCAAGGCACAACCUGUGGAUGCCUGCAUUGUCAUAGGAGGGUGUGACAAGACAGUCCCAGCGCAGAUUAUGGGAGGGAUCUCAUCCGGUAAAGCUGUCCUCCCCUUGAUCACGGGUCCAAUGCUGGCCGGCAGUUUCAGGGGACAGCGCAUUGGCGCAUGUACGGACUGCAGGAACAACUGGGCAGCUUAUCGCGGGAGCGAGAUCAACAUCGAGGAGGUCUCGGAGCUCAACGAGGAACUCGCGCCCAGCGCAGGCACAUGCGGUGUCAUGGGGACCGCAUCGACCAUGGCUUGCAUAACGGCCGCUCUCGGACUGAUCGACCCAAGAGGAGGCGCAACCGCCGCAGCUGUCUCGAGCGCCCGCCUGCGCAUCGCAGAGGAGACGGGGAAGAACGCGGUGGCGGCCGCAGCAUCCGUCAGCGAAGGCGCAGCUAGGCCGCUGACGCUGGUCAACAUCCUCAGCGAGGCGUCCUUUUAUAACGCCAUCACGGUCCUCCAAGCCAUAGGCGGAUCAACCAACGGGAUCGUCCAUCUGCUCGCCAUCGCCAACCGUCACCCUGAAGUCGCGGGGAAGAUCAGCCUCCAGACGAUCGACGACAUCGGCCGGGCGACGCCGCUGCUCCUGGACCUCAAGCCGAGCGGCGAGAACUACAUGACGGACCUGCACAACGCAGGCGGCGUGUUGGCUCUGCUACAUACCCUGCGCCCGCUCCUACGGCUUGAGGCAUUGACCGUCACAGGGAAAACCCUCGGCGAGCUCCUCGACUCGACUCCCUUCAGGCCGUUCCCGUUCUCACGGCAAAUCAUCCGGCCUCUCGACAACCCCCUGCACCCGGCCUCAUCGCUCUGCGUCUUACACGGAAACCUCGCCCCGAACGGCGCGGUCAUAAAGGCAAGCGCCAGCAAGUACCGGCACCUGCUCUCGCACCGCGGGCGCGCCGUGGUGUUUGCCGGCCCCGCGGACCUGGCCGCGCGGAUCGACGACCCGGACCUGGACGUCGACGAGCACAGCGUGCUGGUCUUGCAGGGGAUCGGCCCCAUCGGGUUCUUGAACCCAGGGAUGCCAGAGGCUGGACUGAUUCCUAUUCCCCGAAAGCUUGGUGAGAAGGGCGUUAAGGAUAUGCUGCGUCUGAGUGAUGGCCGCAUGUCUGGCACUGCUGGCGGGAGUAUAGUGCUGCACAUCUCGCCCGAGGCUGCGCUGCCGGCAAGCGUGCUAGGCGUCGUGCGGACUGGAGAUCUUAUCGUCUGCGAUGUCGAGAACAGGAGGUUGGAAGUUGAGUUGAGCGACGAAGAGAUACAGGCUCGAAUAGCAGACAGGAAGGAGAGGCUUGAAGGAAAGAAAGAGUGCCGGGGCCCCGCCGAUGUAAGGAGGAAGCCAACCCGAGGCUACAGAGGGCUGUUUGAACGUCAAGUAAAUCAGGCCGAGCACGGCGUCGACUUUGAUUUUCUCACUGUUGACGGUGCUGAGUGUAGUUUCUGAUUUACAUACAAAUACACCAGUUGACGGAGAAGAGGCUUCCAAGGUUGAGGAAGUUCUGGCUAUCUGAACACUGGCCGGCAUGGCACUGCCGCACAACUG